AUGGAAAUUGUGGAAGAAGUAGUAAUAGUGGGAGCAGGGAUUGCCGGGCUAGCCACAGCAGUGGCUCUGAAGAGAGUGGGGAUUAAAGCAUUGAUUUUGGAGAGAUGGGAUGGGCUUAGAGCCACUGGUGCAGCCUUGGGUCUCUUCCCAAAUGCUUGGCUUGCUCUUGAUGCUCUUGGCGUUUCACACAAACUUACGUCCAUCUAUGGCCCCACGAAAAAGGGAUACGUUACCAACUUGGGCAAUGGUGCAGUUCAAGAAAUCUCUUAUCCUGAAACCAAUGGCCAUAAUGGAGGGACCAGAGCAGUACACAGAAAAGCCUUACUCAAGGCUCUGGAAGAGGAAUUGCCGAAUAACUCGAUUCGCUUCUCUUGCAAGAUCACCGGCAUUGAAACCCAAUCACAUGAAGGUUCAUCUAUCGCGGUUGUUGACUUGGAAGAUGGAACUUCCAUCAAAGCAAAAGUUUUGAUAGGCUGUGAUGGGGUGCACUCUGUUGUGGCAAGCUGGUUAGGGCUCGCUUCACCGGUCCAUUCAGGUCGAUCAGCGGUGCGCGGAUUGGCAGCGUUCCCACAAGGCCAUGGAUUAGUGAAGCAAGAUGUUUAUCAGUUUGUUGGUGCAGGCUUAAGGGCUGGUUUUGCUCCCCUUACUGAUAAAGAUAUUUAUUGGGCCCUUGACUGUGCUUCUCCAGCUAAUGGGGCAUACAAAGGAGAUCCAAUAGCAAUACAGAGAGAAGUAAUCGAGAACUAUGCCAAGGACUUGCCUGAACUAUAUCUAGACAUUGUCAAGCACUCUGAUCUUUCAACAUUGUCAUGGGCUCCAUUGGUGUUUAGGCAGCCAUGGAAUGUAGCAUUUGGGAACUUAAGCAACCAAAACGUCACGGUGGCUGGCGACGCCAUGCACCCCAUGACGCCGGACUUAGGACAAGGCGGUUGCUUGGCACUUGAAGAUGCUGUGGUCUUGGGCAGGCACAUUGGAAGAUGUGUCCUGGAAAAUGGAGAACUAGACUCUAGAGAAAUAGCUAGAGCAUUGGCUGAUUAUGCCAAGGAAAGAAGAUCGCGAGCCGCUUGGUUGAUCACGGGCUCUUUUUUCUCCGGUUGGGUGCAACAUGGAGGCUCAUUGGUGUUGAAGUUCUUGAGGGAUUCCAUAUUUUACAAAUUUGUUUUGCACAAGUUGUUUAAUGCUACAAAUUAUGAUUGUGGGAAACUCACUUAA